AUGAAAAAGAACUGGAGGGGAAAGGUGUUCAAGGAUCUUCUUUGGGAAUGUGCCACGACCUCUAAUGUACAACACUUUCAUCAAGCAAUGGAAAAACUAAAGAAGCUUAACAAUGAUGCUUAUGAGUGGCUGAAACAAAUACCUCCUCAAAGUUGGGCUCGCUCCCACUUUACUGCAUUCAACAGCAAGAUAGAAGAUGGUCGUGAUGCACCAAUUAUUAACUGCAUUGAGUUCAUCAGAGAGUACAUUAUGAAGAAGAUAGUCAAAGUUGACAAGGAAAUUCAGAAAGUUGUAGGUCCUUUGACUCCUACAGCUACAACAAUAUUGGAUAAGAUAAAGAGUAAGGCAGAACAGUAUGUUGCAACAUUUUGUGGUGCUGGAAAAUAUCAAGUUGCUGGACCAUGGCAAGAUCAGUGUAUUGUGGAUGUAGGUCAACAAAGUUGCACGUGCAAAAGGUGGGAAUUAACAGGAAUUCCGUGCAAACAUGGUGUGGCUGCUAUUUGGGACAUGGGGAGGAAUGACAAAGAUGUGGGAAUCCCAGAAUCAUUUGUGCAUCCAUGUUACUGGUUAUCAACCUGGAAAGAGAUGUAUUCUUUUAAGGUUAGUCCAAUCAAUGGAAGGUCCAUGUGGGAGAAGUCAGCUAUACCAACAACUCUGUUGCCUCCAAAACAUCGUGUUCCCAUAGGAAGACCAAAGAAGAAGAGAACAAUAUCAAUUGUGGAAAAUGAGGACUUUGUUAGAGGAAACACAGCAUCGAGGGCCCAUAGAUCAGUAACAUGUACGAAGUGUAACAAUGUUGGUCACAAUGCAAGAACCUGCAAAGGGCAAAGACCAAUUGUUGGUGGGGGUGGUGAACAAUCACAAGUCAAAGGAAAAGGGAAAGGGAAGGCAACCACUUGA